AAGAGAUAAAGAGCCUCUUCAACUCACUAUCUCUAGUUUUCCAUUGUUUAAAAAAACUCACCACCUUUGUCUUCCAAACAAGCAAGGCAAGCAAGCUUGUUCAUGGCUUCUUCUUCUUCUUCUUCUUCUCUGGUUACCUUGUUCUCACUCCUCUGUUUCAUCUGCUUCUCCAAUGGCUUCACUAGUACUAACAUUUUGGACAACAUCCAAACUGUGUCCUUUGAUGAAGGAUACACUCAGUUGUUUGGUGACACUAAUCUCAUGCUUUUAAGUGAUGGCAAAAGUGUUCAUCUUUCUCUUGAUCAAAGAACAGGUGCUGGUUUUGCUUCUCAGGAUCUCUAUUUGCAUGGAUUUUUCAGUGCAUCCAUUAAGCUCCCUUCAGAUUAUGCUGCUGGUGUUGUUGUUGCCUUUUAUAUGACAAAUGGGGAUUUGUUUGAGAAAAACCAUGAUGAAUUGGACUUUGAGUUCUUGGGUAAUGUCAGAGGGAAAGAGUGGAGAGUUCAGACCAAUGUUUAUGGGAAUGGUAGCACUGCAGUGGGAAGGGAAGAGAGGUAUGGCCUCUGGUUUGAUCCCACUGAGGCUUUUCAUCACUAUUCAAUCCUAUGGAACCAUGACCAAAUCAUAUUUUACAUUGAUGGCAUUCCAAUUAGGGAGAUUAUUAGGAAUGAAUCAUCAAUGGGAGGUGCAUUUCCAUCCAAACCAAUGUCACUUUAUGCAACCAUUUGGGAUGGUUCUAAUUGGGCUACAUCCGGUGGCCGAUACAAAGUCAAUUAUAAAUUCUCACCAUACAUUGCGAAAUUCUCCGAUUUCGUACUCAAUGGAUGCGCUGUAAAUCCAGUUGAUCACUCCUCGGCCUGUGACAAGGCCGAGUCUAAUAACUACAACACAAUAUCAUUGUCUACUAAGCAAAAAUACGCAAUGCAGAGUUUCCGCAAUAAGUACAUGAUAUAUUCCUACUGCUAUGACCGGAAACGCUAUGCGAAGCCACUGAAAGAGUGUUCGAGCAACCGGCGUGAAUCACUGAAGUCUUAUCGAUCGAAUGGUGUGAAAUUGAGCAAGCGACAUCGCCAUGGUGCCGGAAACUCUGCCACCAUAUGAACCAGUCUGUCAUUGAUUGCAUUGGAUUGUAUAGAAAGAAGAGUUCAUGAGCAUAUUGAAUGAACUAUGUUGAGUAGUGAGUGAGUGAGUGUUUAUGUUUGGUGUAGUUACUAUGUUUAGGCCUGAAAAAAGAAGGGGAAAUGGAAAAGAUGGGGAUCUUUUCAUGGGUAACUUUUGUGCUUAAGGUGAUGUUUGUAGGGUCAUGACACCUCAUGGGAAUGAUUCUUGUCUUUGGGACAAUGUGGUAUUUGGAUUAUUCCUCUAUUUCUUCUUUGCAUAGUGGAGUUCAGCACAAAAGUUAUGUCUGUUUCUAA